AACGGUCGUCGACAAUGGAAACCAACUCUUAAAUGCAAAAAUGGAUGGCUUUAUGAAUUGGACGUUGUAGUACUCUUUCGUGUAAAUCCGCUAAUCGAAGAGGUAACGGGGAAUUUCUAUCUAUUUAAAAUCCAUUAACAUCCAAACAAAAUGCCUCGAGCGAAGACUGGUGAGAAAAAAGGUCCUCGUAUGGACGAUGUUGUUACUCGUGAAUAUACAGUCAACCUUCAUAAAAGGUUGCAUGGUGUAGGAUUUAAGAAACGCGCACCACGGGCAAUCAAGGAAAUCAGGAAAUUUGCAGAGAAACACAUGGGUACUCCUGAUGUCAGAAUCGAUACUCGUCUUAAUAAGCAGCUCUGGUCAAAGGGCAUCCGAAAUGUUCCAUUCCGUGUCCGUGUACGACUGAGUAGGAGAAGGAACGACGAUGAAGAUUCUUUACACAAAUUAUAUACAUUGGUCACAUAUAUCCCUGUUGCUACUUUUAAGGGACUACAAACAGAAAAUGUUGAUGCAAGUCAAGAUUAAUUUAUUAACUUAAGCGUAUAAUAAAUAAUUUUGACUAUUA